AUGAAUGUAGUAGAACUAUUUGUAGGUACAGAUUGUAUAGAUCAAAUGUUGAAAUAUUUAGGUCAAUAUGAUAGAAAGAGAUUGAUAUUAAUUUCUCAUAACGGCAGUGGUUUCGACAACUGGAUCGUGCUUAAAAAUACAAAAAAACUAACGCAUUGCCCUUUAAAAACACCCAGAGGAAUUCUAUCUUUUCCUUUAUCUAAUCCAUACACAGAUGAAGAUUUACAGAAAAAAUGGAAAAGACAGAAAGAAAUAAGGGGUAAUUAUUUACAACAUAUUAAUUUCACGUGUUCCUAUCAACACGAAUCCUCUGGUUUGGCUGCAUGGGGAAAUUCUUCCAAUCUCCCCGCGAAUUUGAGAAAGAUUGCCGACGUAGAUAUCGCUAAAUACACGCAAGACAACUGGGAGGAAUUGAGACACGAAUGGGAACCUUACGCCAAGAGAGACACUCUCUGUUUGGGAGCUUGUUUGAUAAAAUACAACCAAGUCACGAAAGAAGUUGUAAACCAGAAUAUGUCCAAUAAUCUAACGGCUCCAUCUUUAUCUUUAAAGGGUUGGUAUUAUUUAUAUCAUUACGAUAAAGAAAUGGUGGAAGAAGAAUGGUAUGAAACUACUAGAAUGGUUGCGAAACAUACCGAAAAAGGAAAUAUAGAAAAAGUUUAUUCGCACACUAAUCCUUUUAUAAGAAAUUUUAUCAGACGAUCUAUUAAAGGAGGAUGA